CUCAGUCCUCGGCGGGCGCAGUUGGCUGCAACACUGCAACACGCAACUUGAGUUCCGUGUCUGAUUUCCAGCGCAGCAGUUGACAACAAUUAGUUCCAUAGUAAUCCGUUCCCUGCAUUCACGUCGCCCUCGACCCUGACUCACUGGCACUGCCGGCCAGCUAAACCUUUGGCUGUCCGCAAGGAUCAUAAUAUAGACAGGAGACCCUCGUGGAGGGCUCGAGGUGUCGUUCUUCCUUGCUACUAUUAAGUUAUGCCCUUCCACAUUCCGCGGCAUCAGCAUCAACUCUCCGACUCCGAAUCUCACUCUCGAUCCCAAUCUCAAUCCCACUCUCACUACCACUUCGGCCACGGCCACGGCCACGAACACGACAACUACUACAGCGCCGCUAAUGCCAUCUACUCGGCCGGCCAGACCUUAAGCUCCAUUGGCGUUCCCAACACCCAGUGGAACGAUCCAAGUCUGAACCAGAACCCGAACCAGAUUCAAGACCACAACCACAUCCACUCGCCCACCACGGCCCCCGAUAACAGACCCUACCAGACGCACGCGGACGCCAUUGCCAACGGGAAUGGCACGGUGAUCCCAUAUCGUCCUGGCCCGAGUACGACGUCGAGUUUGAACGCGAGUGCGUAUUCUGGAGGUCAGUCAGCGGGGUCUGCAGAGUCGCAACAACAGCACCCUGGCCAGUAUCAACAACAAUCUGGCCUGCGGCGGUCUCUCACGGUCGGCCGUGCAGGUGAAGAAUCUCACAUGAACCAGCAAAACCAGCAGGGAACCGCCAUGAGCGAUGUUCACCAUUAUGGCGCACCGCCAGCCUACGGCGGGGGUGAAGGUCUGUCAAUCAAAAUCGACCCUUCAACACCUCAGCAUCCCAACAGCGUCGCGAGCAAUCCUGUCCCCGGGACACUCCAGCCUGGACACCCGAACAGACCCGCGCCUCUGUCGGCCAGCAACACGGCGCCGACACUCCCUACCCUCCCUCAGAUCUCGACCCAGAUGCAGCAGACGCCGCUAUCCGCCAGACCAAUGCUCAACCAUACGCACAGCUACUCCAGGUCGAGUCCCGGCACGAUGGACCAGCCGAAAUAUAAACCGUUUUCCAACACACCUGAGCAAGGCAAAUAUCACUCGGCUGCGAGCGCAUAUGCGCCACACACUCCUCUAGGACCGUCGUCCUAUUCCCCCCUCGGCCUGGCAGAUAUCAGGCCUCGAACCGACCCCGGUCUCCCCGAGAUUCCCAUGAGUCCGAACGUGGCACAGGAAAACGAGGAAGGACAAUACCCGGGAAACAGCAACUAUAUUGCACCGUGGCCGAUAUACGCGGUGGAUUGGUGCAAGUGGCCUCCACGGUCCAACAACGGCUCCGCGGGGAAAGUCGCCAUUGGCAGUUAUUUGGAAGACAACCACAACCAUAUUCAAAUAUUAGACACCCAAAGGACUCAGAUCGACCCGGACAACCCUCAUGGCGAGCGAGGGCUGGAAUUCGUCAAGACAGCAGAAGCCACGCACGCAUACCCAGUGACGAGAAUCCUGUGGGAGCCGCCCUCUUCGAAUAAGCAGACGACGGAUCUACUAGCGACCUCUGGCGACCAUCUACGAUUAUGGUCGUUACCGAACGAGCAACAUGCCUAUUCAUCCAAUUCCAUCACACGUCCCGCCAACAACAAAUCUCCGCCGUUGGCCAAAUUGUCCCCGCUGGCUCUGUUGUCGAAUUCCAAAUCUCCCGAACAUACGGCCCCGAUAACGUCCCUCGACUGGAACGUCGUGCAGCCUUCGCUCAUCAUCACCUCAUCGAUUGACACGACAUGUACGAUCUGGGAUAUCCCCACGUUGACGGCCAAGACGCAACUGAUUGCCCAUGACAAAGAGGUCUACGAUGUUCGAUUCUGCGCCAAUAGUGUUGACGUGUUUGUCUCGUGUGGAGCCGAUGGCAGUGUGAGGAUGUUUGACCUGAGAAGCCUGGAACACAGUACCAUCAUCUACGAGCCGUCGGAAAAGCAACAGGACAAGAGCUCCCAACUCGAGGCGCUUUCAACAUCCCCCACACGUACCUCGGGUUCUUCCGCCGUGCAGACAUUACCGUUUCCUCCUCCACUUCUUCGAAUUGCCGCUUCGCCUCACGAUGCACACCUCCUCGCCACCUUUUCUCAGGACUCCAACAUCAUUCGCGUCCUCGACGUGCGGCAGCCUGGUCAAGCUCUGCUCGAACUCAAGGGCCACGCUGCCCCCGUCAACUGCAUCGGCUGGAGUAAUACCCAGCGCGGUGUGUUGGCGUCGGGUGCCGACGAUUGUUGUGUUCUGCUCUGGGAUCUCAUGGCUUCGACAGGGAAUCUGCCCACCCCUGGAGGAAGCGGUUCGACGCCUAGUGGGCCCGGUGGUUCGGCUCAGGAAAGAGGCCCUUCUGCCGUGUGGGAGUGCGAUUACGAGGUUAGCAACCUGAGCUGGGCGCCGACUCCGGGCACAUUGGGUGUUUGUGGUGGGAAAGGGUUCUGGGGUGUACAGUUAUGAUGACAACCCAGACGACCAAAAAGCGCACACCAAACAAGAGGGACGGUGUCAUUAUAGCACUUUGCUUCUCUUGCUGCAAUGAGAAGUGAGAACAAGCAGACGAAACCAGUUUCAGGGCAUGCAUAGCGUGGCACGUCGUGGAGAAGGAAUACAGCAGGGACGGCGCUCUCGAUGCGAUUCUUUUUAUCAUGUGCCUUUUUAGCGAGACGCUGGUACGAGUACGACUAUGGUCGUUGUGUGAAGCCAGCUCAUGGCACUGCCUGCCUGGCACCGAUGUGCAGAUUUGAAGAACAUAAAUCAAACAUAUUUUUGACACGAUUUGGUUUCCCUUGUCCAGCGGGGAAGAAGUGUACGAGACGCCGAGCCCGUCUUAUUCCAUUCCGUUGGCUGGCUGGCUUGAACUGAUCUUGGGACCGACUGUAGUCCAACAGGUGAACAUCUGGUGACAAGAGAUGGCAGGGCUCUGUAUACUUCUUUCGUGUUUCUUUCAAUCGGCAACCAAAUCAAAAAGUCCAAAUCAGACAGCAAUAAUCAAACAACCCCCUUGAGCGCACCAUCCAAAGCCUCAUCAAACGACUUCGGCUUCAAAUCCAAAAUUCCAUUCGCAAACUCUGGUCUUUUCCCCUCCCACUCACUCCCCGUAACAACAGUAGCAAAAGUCAACAUGGGCAACGCCCUCUGUAAGUCCUCACCUUUUCUAACCAGCUCCUUUGCCUCCUCCAGCCACGGCCCAUACUCGACAUUUCUAACUUUCCAUUUCGUUCCCGUUCGUUUCUCCACACCAUCCAAUAUCUCGCGCUGACUCGUCCGAAAAUCCUGGACAAGCAACAACUUGUUUUUUGUGGCCUCUGGUCUUUCGAGAGCGCGAACCACAGCGAUCGCGACCGUGUCGAGCGUCGUGGCCACCCAUUUUGUUGUUCCGCCAUCAAUCAACGUGGCUGUUUUGGUGGACCAGUCGAGCCCGAAAAAGCCGGAUAGGACUCCCAUUUCGAAGAAGACGUUGCAUACGAUCAAGGUGUAUUCUAAAGCCGCAGACGCUGACGGCUCCGUCGACUUCGUCGACUCCGCCGUCUUCUGUUUCGCAACAAGAUAAUCCCUCACAUCAUGCUUAAUCCGAAACAUCGGCCUCAACUCAAUCAACCAGUCCGGCAGAUCAUCGAGACCAAACUCUGUGGGAAAAUACCGUCGUACUCCGGCCGCGAUCGCCGCGUCAAUGAAUUUGUAUUGGUGGUGCAUUCCGGCCAUGGAAAUAGAAGAUAUCACGGCGUCGAUGUCCCGAAAUGCCUCGAUUAGUUCUGCCAGAGGAUAGUCGUCGGAGACGCGGCGGACUUGGAUCCCCGCUGGAAAUUGGGCGGUAGAUGAUGCUCUUGAGAGGACGAUGAUGGUAAACUCAAAGGGUGAGGAGGAAAGGUGGUGCAGGAUCAGACUGCCUAGGUUUCCGGAGGCGCCGAUUAUGAGGAUCCGUUUGAGGGGAGAAGACAUUGUUUGUUUGUUUGGAAGAUCUUGACACCGUGUAGUACUUUCGGACUGUAUAUCAAUUCACUUGACUUCCCGGCCAGCCACCGCUAGACAACUUUCACGGUGACACAGGGAUCGACGGCGCGGAUCAAAUCAAUAUUGCACGCUGUACUGUAGUUCCAGGUUCAAGUUGUUAGGCAACGUCACCUGCAUGCAAGA